AUGAAUGCAUCAGGAGAAGAUGAAGACAACGAAUAUGCAAAACAUAAAUGGCAAAGCUUUUCAUUCAAAAAUGGAAAACGUUCAAACAAUAAGUCUCCUAAAUUCCAUCAAAAGAAGAAAGAAAUUCUCAUACAUCCAAAUAGAUUUGACCUCCUAAGUGAUGAUGAAGACACUUUUCCGAUCGCUGAAGAGGAUGUGACAGUGAAUGAAACAGAAGUGCUGAAUGCUCCAAAACCACCGCCGUUGAUUAUACCAGAAACUGAAAAUGUAUUAUAUAUUUAUACUUAUGCUGAUGACACUGCUCUAUUGUCGUCAAGCCAGACGCCAAUUGUAGCAAAAUUUAGUGCAAAGAGAAUUGAACAAGAUAGAGACUUGGUUAGAUUGCUGGAAAAUGAAAGUAAACGGUUGACGCGAUCGUGUGAUACUGUGCUAAAUGCAGAAAUGUCCGUCCUGAGAUUUCAGCCAUUUAUUUUAUGUAGCGGUCUUUCACAAUCUGGUGUCUUAUGUCUCUGCGGGAGUUGUUCUCGAAGUUAUUUUAAUAAAGACUUUGAAAGAAACAAUGACAGCACUCAUAGCAAUAUAAAAAGCAGAAAUGAAUUAAUUUAUAAGUUAUAUAUACCAUCAGAUAUCAGUGUUGCUACCGCUCAUUUUUCAAUCGAGGAAGCUUGUAAAGAAUGUCCUGAUAUUGUGUUUCAAAUUCAAUCAAACGCUUUUCCAAAAUCUAUUAAUGAAAGCCGGGACAACGUUGAUCAACAUAAUUUCAUUCACAGCGUUCAUAUAAUAAAACCGAACAAAACUGCAAACAUUUCACUUGAGUUCCACGUCCAAGAGAAAGCUUGGCAUUAUAUACAUGUGACAUUUUUCAAAGAAAAGAAAGUAAUGUCAGAAGGAUGGAAAACAAAAUUGACUGAGCCAUUCGUUUCUCAAAAUGAAGAACAAUAUACAAAAACUAUUAAUUCGAGUGGUGCAAAUUUUCAAAAAGAAUAUUAUGAAGAAGAUAGUAUUUGUUUUCACCAAAUAAAAUACGGUUUGGUAAUCAAUUUCCAAACAUCUCUGGACGCUUCACAUAAAGAACAGGAAACGGCAAUAAUCAAUUCAACUUUUGCCACGAAGAAUGUAACCGUUGAUAUUUUAAACGAAAAUAUUACCAUAGAUUUAUUGAAUCAUGAUGCAAGGGAAUGGUUACCAAAACGAUUUCGAGGUAUAGACUUUUAUCCACUCCUUCGCCAAUCUUAUCGUGAGUUUUUUAUGUUUGAUUAUGACCUUAUGCCAGACAAAAAUGGCACAGUUCCAUUUAUUCUCAAUUUAACCGCAGGUAUACCUGCUGGUUUUGCUUUUGACGUUGGUGAGGUACAUGACAUAGGCGGAACUUUAACUUUCGCUGUAUCGAUGAAAAAAGCUUUAGAAAGCGAAUCAAUUGUAUUGCAGGAAAUAUUUCCUACCAGUACUGGCAGUGAUUUUACUGUAAAAGGAAGGUCCAGAAGCAAUAAGACAAUAUUGGUUUGUAUGCACUUAUCAGAACCAGGAAUUCCAAUUUGGCCAGAUAAAUGUCAGUACGGCCAACAAGUUUUUCCAGCCGCAAGUAUAGUUAAUAAUACGGAUUUCAGCACAACCACGGGUCUUGUUCACGUUCCAUUUCCAGAAAGUGGACGAUGGUACAUUAGCAUGGCUCUAUAUUGUCACCAAAACAAGUCGACAUCUCACUUAACCGUAACAGAUAGAGUAAAAGACUUUAUAAAAAAAAAUAUACAUACUUUAGAUAAAAUAAGGCAAUCGUGCCCUUGCUUUCCGGAAUUGAGGCGAUGUAUUGCAAAUAUUGAAUGCUUGAAUUCAAUGACUGAUGUAGAGACAUUGAAAGUAAAAGAUUGCUUUGUGGAUCCGAAAUGUACUCCUAAUUAUUUCGAUAUGAUACUCAAUUUUGAAGUGCAUCAAAAACUUACCAAUAAUCAAUAUUUUGCACUGGAAAAUUGCAACACUUCGGUGGUAUUUACGAUCUCAUCAAAUCCUUGUGUUGCUGGCCGUUGUGGACGAUAUGGCCGUUGCUACCAUUACAUGUCAGGAGGUUUAGUUUUCUCUACUUGUGUGUGCAUGAAAGGCUAUAGAGGUUGGGAUUGUUCUGAAGAUAGUCAAGUGCCAUCAAAUUUAUCUAUCCUUGCAUCAUCUCUCUUACUUACUCUUAGCAACCUAAUUUUUUUACCCAGCAUUUGCAUUGCAAUUCAACGUUACUUCUACACCGAAGCAACUAUUUAUUUUUUCGCUAUGGCUUUUUCUAUAUUAUAUCAUGCUUGUGAUUCUGGAGAGGAUGAGUACAGUUUUUGCUUAGUAAAAGUAGGAGUAUUGCAGUUUUGUGAUUUUUACUGUGGUCUUCUAGCCAUUUGGGUUACUUUAAUCGCAAUGUCACACAUUCGUCAACAAUUCGUCUCAAUUCUACAUAUGCUUGGUGCAGUUCUCUUAGCUUUUGGCACUAAACUCAAUAAACAGAGUCUUUGGGUAUUCUUAGCACCUGCGCUUACUGGUAUAUGUCUCUUUUCUACAAGUUGGGGUAUACGUUGUUACAAAAUGCGAAAUUGGUAUCCAUCGCCAAAGUAUCUCAUAAUUUAUAUGCCCUUAGGCGUGGUCCUUGUAAUGGUUGGUCUGAUCUGCUUUGCUUUCUUGCAAACGAAACAAAACUACUACAUUGUCCAUUCAAUUUGGCAUACGGUAAUGGCUCUAAGCAUUCUUUGCCUGCUCCCUUCAAGAAAAUACUUCAUACCAAAGUGCUAGCACUCAUCAUUCUACCUCAAGGAGAAUCUUCUCCUCCAACAGAAAUUCUACAAGUAUGAUCACAAACUUAGAAGGUUUAAAACUAUAAACCAAAAUAUACAUUAAAUUAUAUAUCGAAACGGUGGAAAGAUUCCAAAACAAAGUUCUGCGAAAAAUUUUAAAUGCCACGUGGUACAUACGCAAUUCGGCUCUGCAUUGUGAUAUUCAUUUAAAAAUGGUUCAGGAAGUCAUUCGGGAAACGGCUUCGAAACAUACAAAAAGUUUACAGAAUCAUGUAAGCACUGACGACCGACAACUAGGAGAGACUAGCAAUAGCAGCCGCAAACUGAACAGAAUAACGUUUCAUGAGAAGACUCUAAGAAAAUAACAAAUAUCAUAACACUAAGUUAUUAAGUUUAGUUUAAAAAAGAAAAAAGCUUGUUAGUUUACAUUUAUCACUAGUUGCAAUUUAAAUGAAAUGUAAAACCAUCACUUUAUUACCUUUUAAUAAAAAAAUAUAUGUAUAUCUAUAUAAAUGCAGUGGGAAUCUCAUAUCACCAUACUAAGGAACUAAUGCUAUAAGAAAAACGGACGGAUUUCAUCUACUUUUAACAUUAAACUAAAGCAUGCCUCGAAAAAUUAACCAAACUUUAUGAAACCAAUAUACAAUAUCUUGAAGUAUCUGUAACUGGGCGAAACCAAAGACUUGUCGUGUUUUAUUAAUUUUCGACGCCUAAAUGUGUUCUUAAAAAAGUUACAAAUAAUGUACACAAGAACCAAACACUUCUCGGCUUAAGAAAAAAAAAGUCCUUCGAGAAAAUCUCAGCUAUAAGUUUGAUUAAUCUGGUGGGCCCACAUAAGCCAUAUAUAGACCAGUUUGGUUCUUUGUGAUGCUAGAUGGAGUUCAGUUGCUAAGUCCAAGUGGAGUAGUUAUUCUUUGGGUUGUCUGCCCUUGACGCGAAUUUUUACAGUUUCUGCGACCUCAUAAUCGAUUCCUCCUCCAGUGUAUCAUACUGUGGGGGCCACAGAUCUUUACAGCAUAAUCUUGCCAAUUCGGGACAAGUGCACAAGAGAUAUUCCAUUGUUUCCCUGGUGCACUGCUCUAGGCUUUUUCUGCAGUAUUCUACUUCUGUCAGACCCCAGGAAUCUAAAUAUUUGGCUACAUUUAAAUACAGUGUAACGGUUUUGUUAUCCCAAAACUAAUCGAGAUAGAUAAAGGUUAUUGUAUAUGCAGUGACUCACAAAAUUGAUCACGCUUCAGUUGACUAUUCAUUUCUUUUUUCAUUCCGUCUUGCAUAUGCAAUCAAACACAAAUCCGACUGAAUACUUAUGUUGCUUGGCGUUUGAUGUACCGUUAUCUAUAUGUUUUACGUCGCCACCAAAAUAAGCGGUAAAGUAAAAUUUGAACAAUGCGCAGAAGGCAAGCGUGAUCAAUUUUGAGACUUUCGCUCGAAGUGUUCGGACGUGCGCAAAAAAGUGAAUUCAUAAAAAUGAAAUAUUACUUGUGUUUUAUUCUUUCAUAUUAUAUCUGUAAAAAAAACAUAAAAUAUUUCGAAAAUAUCAAACCAUUUACGAGUUUUUUAUCAUCAUCAUGUUCAUGUGAGUCACUGUAUAUAGUCAUGAAACUUCGUACACCUGUUCCUUGGUCGAAUUCGUAGAUGGACAUAGUCGAACCACUGCAACGCUCACUCAACUAAGCCGCAAAUUUAGAUACAAAACUGUAGUUUGGCACAACCGCAAUAUCAAAAACCGGACAAAAUGAAAAUUACAAACAUCAGCGAUGCUACUCAAAAUUGAUUUUUUAGUACUUAGGUAACGUUCUACAAUGAACCGAUAAAAUGAAUGACCUUCAGCCCGCUAUAUUGGCACACAAGUAGUCGGAACCUACACCCGAGUUAUAUCGUCACAUCAACACCCACCAAAACCCAAAAGGCACCAAUAGAAUAAUAAGAACAUAUCAUUAAAUUUAUUUUAUUAUUUGAGGCAUUGCAACAACUAUAAAUAACACUUACUUCCUGUUAUCAACUUUUGUGCUAUUGUUGUUGUUUUAAUUUUUACUGACUCAUCAAAUUUAUUUUACUUGCUUGACUUCAUAAGACACCAAUGGAAUAGUAAGAACAUGUCAUUAAAUUUGUUUUAUUAUUUAAAACAUUGCAAAAGUUGUAAAUACUUACUUGCAAAAAUUGUAAUUAAUACUUACUUCCUGUUAUCAACUUUUGUGCAAUUGUUGUUGUUUUAAUUUUUACUGACUCAUCAAAUUUAUUUUACUUGCUUGACUUCAUAAGACACCAAUGGAAUAGUAAGAACAUGUCAUUAAAUUUGUUUUAUUAUUUAAAACAUUGCAAAAGUUGUAAAUACUUACUUGCAAAAAUUGUAAUUAAUACUUACUUCCUGUUAUCAACUUUUGUGCAAUUAUUAUUGUUUUAAUUUUACUGACUCAUCAAAUUUAUUUUACUUGCUUGACUUCGUGUGGAAUUGGUUU